UCGGUCCAUGUUUUUAUAUGCAUCUGACUGCUUGACGCGUCAGUGACAAGGCUUCCCCUGUAGAACAACCACCUCAGCUGCCUAUGCCUCGAGCAUUGGCUUACCGGUACGCAAGCCGCCAUGUUUAGCACACCAUCUGGCUCAUCAACCAGCCGUCAGCAGCAAGCGCAGCAACAGCAGCGGCGUCGUGCGAACCCUGCGACAAGCCAAAGAGCCAGCAGCACCGUCUCGGCUUCCGCAUCUGCCCCGCUGUCAAACAGCAGCGAGGCCUCCGGCCCACCUGCGCACGCCAACUCUGCAUCCCGCUCACAUACAGCGCAUUCAGCACAUCCAGCAGACCAGGCUGUGGACGAGUCGCGCGAAAGCCAACGACGCGACGUUAAGAAGCGCAGCUCGUGGGUCAACCUCUCCGUCCCGCAGCCUUCAUACGCGUACGGCGCGCCCUCGGAUGACAGCAGUCGGAAUAACAAGAUCACCGGCCGACCGGCAUCCGACAGUCUUUCGCCUAGCGUCGCAAGUGCCGCCUUUCUGCCACAAGACGUUGACAGCCCCAUGCAUAGCUUUGACGUCGGUGGCGAAGGAGCGGAUGCCGAUAGAGCCGUGCAAGUCGAUCGGAAUGCCAUGCCCGCCAAAGCGCGAUACGCCGAGUUGCGCAAACGAAAAGAGGCCGCGGAGGCCAUGACGGCUGAAGCUACGGCGGCGCCUGCCGCGAAUCAUCGAUCGCGUACGCGUCGUUCUGGCACUGCAACGAGCGGGCAUGGAAGCGCGGUCAAUGCAUUCAGCUCUGCGCUCAUCGGAAGCCCCACAACAGUGUCACAGACAGGAAGGCCGCGCCGGUCGGUGCGUCUCAGCGACGCUGGCAGCCAACCCGGUGACAGAGACAGGGAGAUCAAGGCCGAGUCGGACCAAGAGACACAAAUCAGCGAGAAACAAUUCUCCGGCCAUCGGGACAGCUUGAGAAGCGGCAUGAUUGACGAAGAGGUCGAGGAGGAGGACGAGAGGGAAGAAGUGCGACACUCUCAGUCCCUACCAGCGGUGGCAGAGGCGACUCAAAGCAGAGAUGCACAGGCGCAUCGACAUGCACGUACAGACACUGGGAACAGCGCACUCGGCGGUGGCGGCAGCGGAGGUGGGGGUCUGCACAGCUUCUUCAUGCGCCCGCGCGCGUCUCCCUCGCCUGGACCUGGACCUGCGGACACUUCGGCCGAUGCCAACCACAGUGCUUUGCUCAGCAGCUCGUCUCUGCUGCGUGGCGCACAGAAGCCCUCGCACGAUCCGAUGGCGCUGUACCGACGGCAAGAGCAGGGCCGUGCCAACGUCGCGGCCCAGAGCGACGCGAUGGCGAGCAGAUCGAUGAUGAUGAUGAUGAGUCCUGACAGCGGGGCGGGAACUGGUGCUGAGGACAGUCAGAGCAGGAGCUACAGUUAUGAUUAUGCGGCCGAGGACGAGAUGGCGCGCGAGAUGGAGGUCCAAGACGAUGAAGAUGGCCGCGCUGACGCAAGCAACGACAGUCUUCAUGAUAGCGCCAACUCCAGCAACAGCAAAGGCUGGAUCGAUGCCCUCCGCAGCCCCUGGACCGCCGUCAUCACUGGGUCCCGCUUGCAGCCGCAAGCACAAACAAAAAGGCAGUUGUGCGUGAAUAGCAACGGAAGCGCGCAGCAGCAGAUCGAAGGCGACAAUUCUCUGGACAGCCAAGCGAGCCAGCGAACUGCGAGGGGUGUCCGCCGGCGCCGCAGUCGUCCGUCCAAGGACAACCAGUCGUAUCGUCCCGAUCCGGAAGACUUAGACUCGGACGAAGAUGCAGGACGGGGCUCGGACGUUGGAUCGACAGACGGCCGCAAGCAUACCCAUCGCCGAAAAGCGCGAGGCAGUCGGAUCGCAGGGGCUGGCUUGCAUGAUCAUGGCGGGCGCGACGAUGGCAAGAUCUGGUCGACAAAAAGGAAAAGGGGUAAGGGGAGGAAGGGACGCAAGUCGGCCGACGGUGCUGGCGCUGGUGAAGAUAGAGAAAGUAGCGAGCUCAGCGAGCUCGAGGACGAAAAUGGUACUCAUGAUGACGCGGAAAACGCUGCUGAAUCGAGGAGUCCAGCUUCUGCACUUGCCCGCCGAGGCGGCUGCAGUGCAAGCGGCCGUGUCGCCCGUGGCGGGGCCGCUGCUCGUCAAGCAAAUCGGUAUACGCGAUGGUUCAAUUCUCUGCGACAUGUCAUCGGCUUUUCUUCCACUUCUACCGCGCUCCUGACGGUCUUUGCAAUCCUGCUGCUACUCGCAGCUCUCAUCUAUCCUGACGGUUUGUCAGCAUUGUCGUCCCGACCUUCAUCUUCGCUUUUCCGUCAUCAUGGUGGCGGUAACAGCGUGUUCAGCAAUCCGGACCUUGCGCCCGCGGAAUUGCAAGGCCUGAUUGCGCGCUUGCGCAAGCUGGAAGCAGCUGUAGCCUCCCUAGGCGACAUUGGCGCCGACAUGCGCGGUGUCCGAUCGGAGCUGACGCGAGCGCGUCAGGACUUGUCGAGCCGCCUCGCUGCUCUUGAGCGCGCUUCCACCAGCAGCCAGAAGACGAUCGAGUCACUGGAGCAAAAAGCCCUGGACUUACGGCGCGAGUUGAGCCGCACCAUCGACGGCCUCCGGCUCAAGCAGCAGGACCUACAGGAUGAGCUUGCAGCGCUCACCGCUUCUUUGCGCUCGCUCGAGUCGAAUGUGGCCCCUGGCACGAGAGGGGCCUCUGGAAGAGGUGCAAAUGACGCGAUCGCCAGUACCGAAGCGAGCGAAAUACGCAAGCGCAUCAGCAAGCUCGAAAGUGAUCUGGACAGGAACAGCCGCGACCUUGCAAAGCUCAAUCUCGCACGCGACAAGGCAGAGCAGCGGUACGGAGAGCUCGAGAAACGCAUGGAGAAGAUCGCCGAGCGUCUUCCUACGCAGAUGCCCGUCCGUAAAGAUGCCAAGAGCGGCCAUGUGCAGAUCGACCCUGCCUUCUGGGUCGAGCUCAAGAAGGUGCUCAAAGCGCGAGACGACCCGCAAGAUGGAACAAGUGACACCGCAGCUUGGUCGCAGUUCAGGCAGGCUAACGAACAAGCACUGCGUGCCUUUAUGCAAGAGGAGCUGAGCCGCCAAUCAAAGGGAGAACCCUCCAAAGGCACGCUGAUCAGCCGAGAGGACUUCCGCGGCUUGCUUGAUUCCGAGCUGACGGUCAUCAAGACAGAGAUGGAAGCGCGAUUCAACAACAACCUCGAAGGUCUCAAAGACGAAAUGUGGGACAAGAUCCGUAAGAUUGGCGAUGCGUAUCAGUCUUCCGGUUCGCUCUCCGCUGGCUCCUCCAGCCUGCUCGGCAAGAUCCUCGACGAUGGCAAAGGCGUACCGCUUACACUGCAAGACGGAACGGAUGGUCGCGAAGCCGUGCUGUCCCUUAUCGACGCUGCACUUGAGAAGUACUCUGCAGACAUGAUCGGCCGCCAAGACUAUGCGCUUUACUCUGCCGGCGGCCGCGUGCUGCCCAGUUUAACAAGUCCGACGUACGAACUUAGCUCCUCGAGGUCCUGGCUCGCCAAGUUGAUUCCCGGCACUGCAGACUCGUCCGUAGUGCGCGGACGCGCGCCAGUCGUUGCGAUUCACCACGAUAAUGCGCCUGGCAUGUGCUGGCCCUUCGCUGGCGACAGCGGGCAACUUGGCAUCGCGCUUUCGCGGAACAUCGUCGUCUCAGAUAUCACCAUCGAGCAUGCGCCGCGCAGCAUCGUCAGCGACUCGAUUACCUCUGCCCCGCGCGAUAUUACCGUAUGGGGCCUGCUGCAGAAUGGAGAGGACAAGCACAAAGCUGCUGAAUACCUCCGCAAGUUAGCCGAGCUGCCCAAUGCUCAGCCAAUACCUACCCCACCCUCGGACGACUAUUUACAUCUCGGCUCCUAUGUCUACGACGUCUCGCCCGGCAGUCGCGCCACGCAGACGUACCCCGUCCCGGCCGAAAUUCGCGCGCUGGGGAUCAAGACUGGCAUUCUGCGCUUCCGCAUCACCAGCAACCAUGGCAAUUCCGACUUCACCUGCCUGUAUCGUGUGCGUGUCCAUGGAGACCCUGCGAGUGUAUAAAGCAUAACUGUAGUUAAUCAUGUUCUUCACAAUGCAAUUAAUGUAAUAAGCUACAGUGUCUGCUCCCUUAAAUCAUUCGGCGCGGUUCAUUUGUUCCCCUUCGCUAUCCUUGCUUCACUUGCGAGGGUGGCAGAGCAAAGAUGUUGGUCUGGAGGG